AUGUCGCAGUCGAAUGAGCCUGGUCUGCUGGUUCAUCAUCGUGUCGCGCGCUGGUCCACGCUCAGUCUGAUUGAAACGCGUACAUCCCAGCCUGACACGGACGACUUAUGGGCAAGAGCGUUGCAAGAGGCCUUGGUCAAGCUCCCACCAAAGGAUGCAGAAUGGCUAUCGAAUGAAGAGAACCGGAAAGCUUUUACGAGCACGCAGAUCGUCGAGGCCAUUCGGCCAUACCAUAAGAAGUACUCGAAACGGCUGACCCAACGAUUUCUGGCGUGGAUUGACCCCAUUGUCUCCCAUAUCAGAUCUUUCGCUGGUGCCAUCAGCACACUAACCAACGCAGAUCCAACAGGUGCUGGUGUUGUUUGGGGCUGCAUACAGCUUGUUCUUAUUGUCAGUCGAGUCAUUAUCCAGCGAACUCUCAAUGUUGCAGGAAAGUCGCAGCAGGACCUACAUCACAUCGUCACUGUUUUGUCAGACCUCAGUCCUCAGCUGGCACUAUUUACGACCUGGCAUCGCCUUUUCCCAGAAAAGCCCUUUGCUGAAGUCAGCAAUGCCAUUAAAGACACUUAUGUUGAGGUCAUUGCAUUCUCUACUUCUGUUCUGACGCGUGACGAAGGCAAUCUCUUACGGACGAUAUUUGCUCCUACUCUGGAGCAAAAGUUGCAAGCUCAUCAAGCAUUGCUGCGACGAUACACAUCACGAGUGCGAGCUGAGGUGGAUACUGCUCACAUGCAAUCGGUCAAGAGUCAGCUCGAGACGAUCUACUCCCUAAUUGACGGCUCGCCAACUCCGAGAUAUACAGAACUUCCUCCAAUUCGGAUCAUUCCACAUCUACGCAAUGACGGAUUCUUUGGCAGACAGAAAAUCCUUGAUCAGAUGGGCGGAAAGUUACUGCCAUCCAGCACACAACAUGUAUCUCGGAAGCAGAAUCGCUUCGCCCUUUCAGGACUAGGUGGAUCCGGAAAGACCCAAAUAGCCUUGGAGUUCACAUAUCGCCACCUCGAUAAGUACAGAGUAGUCAUUUGGUUAUUGGCUGAUAACAUCGAUAAGAUCAAUCAAAGCUUUGAAGAAACAGCUGAGCUCCUCGGGCUGCGAAAGGGCACACAAAGCGCUAGUCAAAUCAGAGCCUUCGUCAUGCAGCGCUUAUCGACAUCGAAUGAGCCGUACUUGUUAUGCUUUGACAAUGCUGACGAUAUCUCGUUGAUCAGCGACUGGCUCCCCAGAGACAACAAGGGCACAAUAUUGGUGACCAGCAGAGACUCUGUCGGAACUCGCGAAGUUAUAGGUGAGGGAGAGACAGUUCUCGAGUUUAGCAUCGCCGAAGGUAGUGAUUUCUUAGCCUCCAUACUCCAAGUCGGCACUACCGAGAAACCAAUGCUGGAACAAAUUAGUACUGCAUUUCACGGAUAUCCACUUGCCCUUGCUCAAGCAGCAGCGUUUAUACGCAGUGGAGGCUGCCCAUUGGGAAGAUUCCUUGAUAUCUUCCAAAACGAACACCAUCACAAUGCCAUAGCAUCUUUGCCCGUCAAAGAUUACCAUGCAACACUUUUCACAGUAUGGAACCUCUCCUUCCAGUCACUAAGCCCGCAGUCCCAGCAGAUCCUGGAAAUAUUGGUAUACUUUGACCCUGACAGUGUCCCGGUUGAGCUUUUUGAAAGAGGCUGCGUCCCGAAGAAGGUGGAAGAAGGUGUGAGUAUCGAUUUGAGCUACCUCGCCAACCCCGUGGAGCUCUGGGCUGCCUUCAAAGGAUUGCGAUCUCAGUCUCUGAUCAAGACUAACACUGAACUGCAAACGAUUUCUAUUCAUAGAUUUCUGCAGGAUCAGACAUUCAAACGACUUUGUAGCGACCCAUCUCGGCGGCGCAAAGCCUUUGAGGAGUCUCUGUUUUUACUGUCAAAUCAUCAACCCGAGUUUCCCAACAUCACUCAGCAUUGGUCUCCUGACCUGUUCAAAGACUCCGAAGCAUGCUUAUCACACAUCAGCAUGUUGGCUCAACGCUUUUGGGAGUUCCCAGAGGCCUUUGCCGGAUUGGAAAACAAGCUCGGGAGACUUAUCUUCGAGGGCGCAUGCUAUAAAUUCGAACGAUUCCAUCAUAGCAUCGCAUCAGACACCUUUGCCUUAGCUCGUAAGGUCAUCAGUAAAGCCAGCACACCCGAUGAACUUUUCCUAUCAGAUUGUUACCGCAUGGAGGGUCGCAUGUUCAACGAGUCUGGACAAGCCACUAGCGGCGCUGAAAGCAAUCGCCAAGCCCGUCAUUAUGCUUUGCUCGCUAUCCAAAAGGGCUACAUUGGCCACGACGACCAACGGAUGCCAAGAAUACUGACUGGCUUAGGAAACUCACUCAGUCAGCUCAACAUGUUCGACGAGGCCUUGGAUUAUCAGUUAGAGGCUAAAAGGCUUUGCGGAGACGUCCCUCCAGAUCAGUCGGAUGCAAUCACCAUUAUUCAGCUCAACUUGGGAUUCCUUUUGUAUCGUCGUGGAGAUCUGGAGACGGCAGAGAAGAUCCUGCGAGCAACAUUGGACGCAAAUCCGAGAACCCCACCUGCCAUGUACGCGCUGGGAAACACGCUACUCGCGCGAGGGCUUGUCGAGGAAGCGAUAGCAGCACACCUCAAUGGCUUAGAAAUCUACAUUGAAAUGUUUGGAGAUGAACACGCGUUGGUAGGAAGAUGUGUUUACAAAGUUGGUGAGAUCUUGUUGCUUCACAAGAAAGAUGCAAAAACAGCGAGAAUCUAUCUCCACAAGGCCACAAAAAUUUACCUAAAGCAGGAGUCGCCCUACUACACCGUCAAAGCAAAUGCCAGAGCUACGCGCAUGCUUGCCAAAGCAUUUGAUAUGGAAGGCAGAGGGGAGGAAGCAAAGAGAUACUAUGAGCAGGCAUGGAACCUGAGAGAGAACAUAGACGGUACCCACGGCUCAGUUGCAGACACGGAUGAGGACUACUCUGCUGCGAUGUUCUAUUGGGACAAGUGA